CAGAGCGUCAUCGCCCAGCCCCAGCAGCAGUUGGACGCAGUUUUGCACGAGAUCUCAGACCUGGGAACCGUAACAGAUGGAAUGAAAAAUAUUCAUCAGCAACUCGUUGAAAAGAAGGACAAGAUCACCCAGUCGAUGAAUCUUCACAAAGGGCUCCUAUCACCUUUGUGGCGCUUUCCAAAUACACUCCUCUCUGAAAAUUUCCACCACUGUCUCCCGGACACUGAUCCAAAAGCCAGUUACUUUUCACCUCCAUCGAGGCUCAAAGCUCGAAUGCUGUUGAUCGGAGUAUGCCGACGAUGGAGGGAGGUUGCAACAAGCACACCCAGUCUAUGG